AUGGCUACCUCGCUGGCUUCCCAGGAUCUGGUGUCCGCUGAAGCACAAGAGCAGAAUGAUCCCUUCUUGUCCAGUUCAACAAGCUCGGCGCACCACCGAUUCUCACAUUUUGACAGCCAGCUCUUUGCUCUCGGACCCACCGCUUCUCCGGAACAAGCAAAGCGGGCAUUGGAGGCUCAUCUUGCCCAGACCGAACAACGAAUUCAAGACGCUUCAAAGAUCGGAACUACCCUUGUACAACAGCGAAAAGAGCUAGAAGAUCGGUUGAAGGAGGUCGAGAAGCAGCAAAGCGAAGGGGACAUCACGCCCGAAUUGCGGCAAAAGCUCAUUGAUAUUGAGAAGGAAUACAAUGACGUUGGCCGCGAGAGUGCGAGGGCGUUUCUGCCAAAGUCCAGAGUUACAAGUGGUGAGCGUGCUGCAAGCCCCUCGAAGUUCGAAAGUCAAGCCACCAACUCACCCUCGAAACUCAACGUUCCUAACAGCAGACGCCAACGAAACCAGCCCUCGAAUCGUGUACACGACAUAGAGUUCGCUACCGAAAUCAGUACAUCUCUUUUAUCCCAAGUCAGACAUCUCCAGGCUCUGUUGGCCGAAAAGGAAGAAGCAUUGAAGACUGUGACUUUGGAAAAAUCAAGGUUAGAGGAGGAGGCAGAGGGAUUCAGCCAGCGAUUACGGAGCCUUGAUGAGAGCGAGCAGAGGUAUAAAGACGAAAAUUGGAAUUUGGAGACCCAGAUCCACGAGUAUUUGGCUACCUCGAAAGAGGCGGCCGACAGGGAAAAGAAGUUGUCCCAAAGUCUGAAUGUUUCGCAAAUUGAGAAGAGCGCUGCACAGAAGGAGCUCGAUGAAAUUAAAUUGAGCCACGCAAAGCUAUCCGAGGACCAUACGAAUACUGUCAAGCAUCAUGAUGCGGAGCUGGCUGCUGUCAGGCGAAAUAUGACUGUAGCUGAGAAUGAACGUGGGGCGUUGCAACGAAAAAUCGAGGAUUUGACUGGCCAAAAUCAGGAGCUUGCCAAAGCUGUUGCACAUCAACGUGGAAGACUGGAGGGUAGGGACCAAACACGAGGAUUCAGUGAUGAGGACUUAGAGACUGCACAUGACGACGUCACACCUGAACACUCUCCGCCACCCUCUCCAAUCAAAGGGACUCCAAGACAUAGCAUGUUGGAAUCGGAGACGCUGAAGAGUUCUUUACAUCAUGCACAUCGAAUGAUCCAGAAUCUGAAGGGGAACAUCCAUCGGGAAAAGACAGAAAAGUUAGAACUAAAGCGAAUGCUUCAGGAUGCCCGAGACGAACUGGAGUCCAGCCGAACGGUGGGAAUGGGAUCUGUAAACGGCAAGAGAAAUCGCAAAGUAGACUCAAAGGAGUUCAAGAAGCCCGCUAAGCCUGGCCAACUAGGAGGAUUGAGGGGUAGUAGAAGCGAGGUUUUCGUGGACGAUAUGAAUUGGGAGGAAGACAAUGGCCAAACAAGUCCAAGUCACUCAGCAGCAGUCACUGCUGCCCGUGUUGCCGUGGGAGCUGGUGGUGGUGGAGUCGCUGAUCGCCCCCCGCCCGAACACAGCGAUCACUUUGAGACUGCGAAUGAGACAAGCGAUGCUGCAUUUGAGACGGCCAAUGAACGUGCUACAGAGACUGAGGAUUUCCAGACUGUUAAUGAAGGCAUGAGUGGCAGUGAAGAGUUGACUGAAACAGAGGGCAGAUCGGGUAGUCCAUCCCGCAAGAAGCCUCCACCUCUUGCCCUGACCAGACCUGGAAAUCGCCAGUCAUUCCAGAGUACAGCCUCAACUUCUGGUGAAGAGUGGGAUUACGAUGAGGUCAAGACACCAACUGCUCAACCUGCUGGACGUCUCAGAUUGAGAGUUAGUCGGGGGGGUAACCGACGCUCUAGAGUCGCUAGCGAAGAGCCAUUUCAAAGUAGCCCGGUCAGCCUUGCAAAUAGCAGUAGAGAGGGCACACCUGCACAGGGUGGUCAGACCUUGUUUGCUGAGCUUGCCGAUAUGGGAGCAAGUGAUGAGGAGGACUCAUUUCAGGGAACGCCAGGCCGUAGUACCUUCCCUUCGCUGACCGCAACACCAGGAUCCAGACCUUCCACUGCAAAGGGCAUUCCCGCACCUAUUGCUAUGGCACCACCUGUACCAAAACUCCCUAUGGUUGAUUCUGCAAUGAUGACUGAACCUUGGGAGCCAGAGCCAGAAACAGAACAAGAACCAGAACCAGUUACACCCCAGACUGCGGUGCCUUACCUCGCGGGAGCCGGCCUUGCAGGCGCCGCUCUCACGGAGGCUGCACAUUUAGCGAGUGAUAAGCGUUCUUCAACUGGCACCCAGGUCAAUAUAUCUGAUACUGCAAGGCAAUGGCAUGAGGACCAACUCAAUAAUCAGCUUAAUGGUCUUCUCCGGGUUGGUUCUCAUACAGACGCUCGACCUAUAUCAGCUUCAACGUACAGCGACAGGAGCUCACAGUAUGAUCCAGAACUUAUGGAUGAAAAGCUCGCCAAAUUCCCAUCUCCCCCAAUGUCUCGUGCGCAAACCCCAAUGGCAAGCCUGUCAGGACUUCAGAAUGUUGCUGCUUCUUUAACCAUGUCUACAAUCCAUUCCGAACAAGUUGAGCCUACCGAGGCGCAGUCUCCAAUCCUUUCAGAUCGUUCAACAGAACCGCUAUCAAGCACGCCAAAACAAGCUCCAGUACCUGCUCCGCUGGUUUUCUCGUCCAUCCAGUCUGUCAAUACAGAACCAAUCACGCCACUCUCACCCCGAAGCCCAAGAAGAGAUGCUGUGAUGAUUCCUCAUUAUGAGUCUGACGAAGAUCAUUCCGUCCGACAAGAAGACCCGGAGACGCCCAAACCUAAGUUCCUUGGGUCUGUCUUUGGCUGGAAUAAGGAUAAGACCCCUACGACACCAAUUAUUGCCGAGGACGAGACUCGCCAGUCGCCUAGCGAUUCGCCUAUGAAUGAUACUCCAGACUCCCAGCGGCCAUUCAAAGAGCUAUCUAGCAAUACCAAUAGCAACGAGAGAACCGCCAGGAAGCCUCAUGUAGAGACAACCGAUGAAAGCUCGCAGACUGCCUUGACAGCAGAACAAAUCGAUGAAAUGCUACGAAACAAGAGACAAACGGCAAUCAUUGCUGAAGAUGGUCGAAAGUCGCCUGUUUCUGCUCAUCAUUCCACCACUCUGCCUCUAAUCGUUCGAGCUCGCAAGUCCCAGGAGAGUAUCGGAAGUGUUGGCCGCGCGAGAUCAAAGAUGACUGAGCCUGACUAUCCGCAUGACACUGCUGCUCUCCCACUGAAGAGACCAACUAGUGCCGGGAGCCAAAGAAACGGGUCCAUUUCGAGCAUUCAUCCACCACUACCUGCAGACUCUAAGAAAGUCAUUGCUGCCGCCGCCCAGCGUAGCGGCUCAUCUAAUGGUGCUCACACUCCAGGUCCCAUGGGACCUCCCUUGCAUCCCGCGAGUGCUUACAGAGCCAACAAUCCGUCAUUCAGGCCUCGUACACCUAGCCAACAACCCCCUAUGAGUCCAACUUCAUUGAAUGACGGCCCAACUCCACGAGCAUAUCACUCUUCAGGCGGCGCCUUACAAUCACCUCCUGGAACUGCUAGAUCCAGACGGUCAUCUGUGACAUCAUUUGCGUCCGAGGUUGACACUCGUUUCAAUUUGAGAACAGGAAUGCCGAUGCCACACGGUCUAGAACCUAGUACUGAUCCUAGAAUGAUCAAUGCCAUCACGCAGACAAUGAUUGGAGAAUAUCUCUGGAAGUAUACCCGAAAGGCUGGUCGUGGAGCAAUGUCAGAGAACCGACAUCGUCGUUACUUCUGGGUUCAUCCAUACACCAGAACACUUUACUGGAGCGACCGAGAUCCAUCAUCAGCAGGCCGAGCCGAGUUGAAAGCAAAGAGUGUUCCAAUUGAAGCUGUCAGGGUAGUAACGGACGACAACCCAAUGCCUCCUGGCCUGCAUCGUAAGAGUUUAGUUAUCAUGACCCCCGGUCGUGCUGUCAAGUUCACCGCAACCACGGGGCAACUUCAUGAAACUUGGUUUAACGCAUUGUCUUACCUGCUUCUCAGGACUGGCGAGCAGAAGGGUGAAGAUGCAGCGGAUCUUGCCAAUGGAUCUCUUACGCAUGAAGAUGUAGCUGAGUUCAAUCCUGGAUUUGGCAACAACAACACACGCCGAGGCCCAGCAUCACUCUCAUCAUACAAUAGUCGCACAACCCGUAAUACUUCACCCACGCGCAAGUCUGUUCGAACGUCAAUGAACAAGCCCCAACCUGUCCAAGCAUCGACAUCAUCUCGAAACCCUAGCGGAACUUUGUCGCGACUAAGUAACUACUGGAAGCAGGGAAGCACCAGAAGCCGACAAAGCGCAGGAAACAGUGGUAGUAUUUAUGAGGCUAGCGAGGUGCACGACAGUGCUGAAGACCUGAGGGCAAUAAUCGAGAGGCAAGACCGAGAUUCUGAUAGGCUCGAGAAUGUACGAGCUUGCUGCGAUGGCAAACAUGAUGUUGGCCACUUGCACACCACCAAUUCUGGCAGAGGACGUCAUUCUCACGCUGUGGGACCUGCUUCAGGGUCAGCACUACGACCCGGGCCCUCCCAAGCCCAAGGCCGAAACAGCAUAAUGCGGCGCACCGAUUAA